AUGUUCACAGGUGUACCGAGUGCUGCCACUGUGGUGAUCGUUGUGUGUAUCGCCGCCCUUGUGGUGGUGGUGGUGCUGGGCAUAUACCGCAUCCAUGUGACCCAUCAACAGGAUAUGAGGCUGGCAGAGACGACUAAAGUGGCUGAUGUGAACUGGGAUGACUCAGCUCUGACAAUCACAGUCAACCCAAUGGAGGACCUGGAGGAACCCCAGUGUGCAGAGGAGGAGGCCAGUGAGGAGGAAGAGGAUGAUGAUGAAGAGGACGACGAGAUCACCAGUGCUGAGUCAGAUGACAGUGAAGAGGAAGUGGACGUCCAACUAAAGAGGAUGCAGCAGUCAAGCAAGACGGGUCAAAGCUGGGACAAAACAACGCGAUGUUUCUGAAAUAUGUACUCACACUGUCUCUCUCUCACACACACACACGCACAUGCGCACGCACACUCACACAUCAGAUGAAAACAGAAUAAAAGGACCUAAUGCUCUGAAAUAUUAGGUUAUAUUGCCCCCUGCUGGAAGACGACACACAUGCAGAUCAAACUGACUUGGCUUUGAAAACUUUUUAUUUAUACUUUCAACAAAAAUAAUGUCAACCUGAAUUUUCUUUUAUCUUCCUCACAAAUUAAUCCGAUCCUCCCCUGAGAGGAGGGAUUAUUUUCUCUCAUCUGCACCUAGAGUCUUCUUCUGGUGAAGUUCUCCGUCGUCCAGCGUGCGGUGGUCCCCGGAGGCUUAAAUGAAGGCUGUUGGGCCUUUUUUUACUUUAGAAAUGUUUUACUCUAUCCAAGGAGCUUUCUCAAUUCAAACAGAACAGUGCAGAUGUCCAGACUGGUGUGAUACUCCUUUACUCCUCACUUAUCCCAAGGAUUACUAGAGACGCUGUUUAGCACGUUUAACCCUGCUUCUACACACCUGAUUUCAAUCAGCAGGUGAUUAACAGGCCUCUGCAGAGCCUGAUGUGCUGCUGCACAGGCGACAAGUGUGUUGAAACAGAAAAACCACUAAAACGUGCUGGACCCCAGACCUCCUGGACCGGAAUUGAAUACCCCUGUAUUUACAUAGCGCCUUCUAGGGUUCCACAACCCCUCAAGGCACUUUACAACUACCCAUUCACACACACACACACACACAUUCGCAUGCUGAUGAUGGGUUAGGGUUGGCCACAGCUGCCCUGGGGCGCGCUGACAGAGGCGAGACACCACCGGCCCCACCGAACACCACCAGCAGGCAGGCAUGGGAAUGCUCAUAUUUUACACACAGAUGGAGGAUUUGAGAGGAGGGUAGAAGAGGCUGCUGGUGUCAAAAGAGAAAACAAAAUGCUCCGUUGAAUUUAUUCCCGUUUCACAUCAGUUCAUUUUCAGGAACACAAGCUCACCGGGCCAGCAAACGCUCCAGUGGUGCUCAGGAGAGAGGGUUGGAGUUCACUCGCGUUAGCGGACUACUCACUACAGCUUCAAAGUUUGGAAAUUUGCUGCUUCUGCUUGAAUUGGGAGAAAUCCUUGAAGAAGAAAUAAAAUGACUCUAGCGCGUAGGAAAGCAGUCCAGCUGCUGCUUGAACCCACCAGAACGACAGUCCUGGGUGAAAUCAGGCUGCUAGCCAAGUUCAGCACAGAACCGCUCAUCUGGUUUGAUGUCUAAAAUCCUACGGUGAGAUUUCUGAUGUCCCCACAUUAGUAUUCCAAAUAAGCCUUUAUUUACAAAAAUAUAUUUAAAAAAAACAAAGGAAUGAGACUAUUUUUGGUUUGUAUAUGUGUUAUUUAUCAGUUUUUGUUAUCGCCAAUGUGGCACAGCCAGGUGAUUUUACACAAAAAACAAAUUUUCAACAGAAAAAGAGGUAAAAAUCUGUGUGCUGUUGCAGAUGUCAUGUAAACUCGCAGCAGGGUCGGAGUUCUGGGUUUCUGGGAAGGAAAGACGAGUCUCCUUGUACAUUUUUAUAUGGCCCCUUGUAAAUAUUGAAUCUCGUGGGUGACAACCCUCCUGCUCUCUCUCUCCUCCAUCACCACCCCGAUAUGUCUCAUCCUGUCCACCUGUACACAGCACCCGUGUUGUUAUGCAUUCAUCAACUCACACACCUGGAGGGACACUUCAGAUCCCAUCCCAUAGUAAUCUGUGUGUGUGUUUGAGCUCUGAGAUCAGGUCAUUCCAGCUGGUUUAUCCAUGUGGAUGUGUCACAGCCUCCAUGAGGACAAAACUGGUCCAAGUGAAAAAGUGUAGAGCACCUUAGAGAGACAGAAAAGGACCAAAUACGUCUUCAUUUAAGGAAAGUUCAGAUUAAAGUUGGACUUCUGUUGGCUCUGGGUGGUUUCAGGCUGAAACUCUGCAGACUGACACCAGGUGGCAUCAUGGAGGCUGUCCUCUUUAGAGGUGUUUCCUUAUCUGGAUGAGUGCACUUUAAGUGUGUAUCAUCAUCAUGAACAACAAAGGUCUGAUUCUCAAAAAUUUGAAUAAUUUAUUGCUGUAAUAAUAAUUGAAUAGCAGUGACCUGUUUUAUGGGUUAUGGAUUAGAAACACUUCAAAUGUUCCUGGUGAAUUGAUUUUACUCUUACACUGAUCAAAGUUAUUGAGAUUUUGGUUUAAAAUGCUAAAUGAUAAUAUAGUAUCAAUGCCAAUAAUAAUAAAUAAGACACAUGAAGUAAUUAUUGUUGCGAAAAUUCAACUCUGUUCCUUUAAUCUAAAUUUUACAGUUUAGUUUUAGGAAAUAGAAAAGUGAGUCAAACAUGUCUGAAGCACAGCUCCAUUAUCCUGCACACACGCUGUGACCUUGUCUCAUGAGGACAGGAAUGGGUCCAGCUGGCACAUGACUAUUUGAUCCCACAUCAAAGUGAAAGGGCAUUACUCCAACCGUUCUGACAGGAGAGUCCAGAGGUGAGGAAGCUGCUGUGUUGGGGCCCUGUCCCUCUCAGAUCUGCCACCGUUUGUCCCACAAACUGGAGCGAGUCCUCCAGCUGAAGGAAUACGCUGUGUGUGUGUGUGUGUUACUGUUGUCUGUCCAUGUAAAGAGCUCAUGUGUUGUUUAGGAGUUUUCUUCCGCUGCAGCCACGCCCGCUCUUGUGAUGUCACUUCCUUUCCCUGACCCCUCCCCCACUUAAAAUCUCUGGUGGCGUUUGCAUCAACUCGAGCCCUAAUUUGUCCUGAUGUUUGUUUUAGAAGAGGACGGUGGAAUUAACGUUGGAACCUUGUAUAACGUGUACAUUUUUCUUUCCUUCUUUGGACUCUUUGGUCUGGUUUUCUUUGGAAUGGUCACUGCAGCACUUUCUGUAUAUUGGCCAAUAAAAACUUGUUUUGACAUCGA